AUGUUUUCUAGAGGGGGUGGGAAACAGACUCUGUUUCAGGAAAAUAGAAAUAGAGAACGAGAUGAUGGGAUGGGAAGGAAUGGUGUGAAAGGUAUCAACUCUAAGGCGAUGGCCCAGCUGCUUAAGAGUGCAAUCAUCGAUGAAAGAAGAGGAAGUGAUACAGGAGAAAACAUCAACAUUGGAAGUUUCAAAGAAGAUUUUGGAAAAAAAAUAAUGGAUGACCAAGAAGAUGAACAGAGGAGGAUGAUUCUAGAGGUUGAGGAAGAGAUGUCUGAUUUACAAUCUAAUGAAAUUUACUGUGACAUGACUAAGAUCUUUGGGUCUGGGAAGCAAUGGGGAGAUGAUAUUGGGGAUCCCAUGGUUGCGGCACAUUAG